GUCCCAGGAGCUUGAGGAAAAGGAGAUGCCCCUGGCUGUUUCUCCCCCACUCCAAAGCUUGCCCAAGAUCCUAAACCUUGGCCUAGGAAUGAAGUCAUGCGGAGCCCAGAAUAGCUCCGGCUGAACGCGUGGCCAGACCAGGCCCAGAGCCGGGGACACAGGGACCCUCUGCCUCUGUCUGUCUGGGUUCCCCUUCUCUCCCUCUGUCUUUGGCCGCUCCCUCUCUUCCCCCCACCCCGCCCCCUUCCCACAUGCUCAUGAGCUGGUCCCCAGAAGAAUGCAGGGGGCAGGGAGAACCCCCCGGUGACAGACACACCCUCUGUGCCAGGCUGGUGGAGACGCCUGGCAGAGGGGCCGAGGAGCACCCUGAGGCUGGCCCGGGACCCAUCGCCACCCGCACGGCCUCGGGACCCGCCCUGGCCUUCUGGCAGGCAGUGCUGGCCGGGGACGUGGGCUCUGUGUCCCGCAUCCUGGCGGACUCCAGCACCGGCCUGGCUCCUGACUCUGUCUUUGACACCAGCGACCCUGAGCGAUGGAGGGACUUCCGCUUCAACAUCCGCGCUCUGAGACUCUGGUCUCUGACGUACGAAGAGGAGCUGACCACCCCACUGCACGUGGCGGCCAGCCGCGGCCACGCGGAGGUUCUGCGGCUGCUGCUGAGGCGGCGGGCGAGGCCGGACAGCGCCCCCGGGGGCCGCACCGCCCUGCACGAGGCGUGCGCGGAGGGUCGCACGGACUGCGUCCACGUGCUGCUGGUGGCAGGGGCCGACCCCAACAUCCCUGACCAGGAUGGGAAACGCCCCUUGCAUCUGUGCCGGGGGCCUGGCACCCUUGAGUGCGCGGAGCUGCUCCUGAGGUUUGGGGCGAGAGUGGAUGGUCGGUCCGAGGAAGAAGAGGAAACUCCUCUGCAUGUGGCCGCCCGGCUUGGCCAUGUGGAGCUGGCAGACCUGCUUCUGAGACGUGGGGCAUGCCCUGAUGCCCGUGAUGCAGAAGGCUGGACCCCACUGCUGGCUGCCUGCGACACCCGCUGCCGGUCCCCCGCCGACGCCGAGGCCACCACCGCCCGCUGCCUCCAGCUGUGCUGCUUGCUGCUCUCAGCCGGAGCAGAUGCCGAUGCUGCUGACCAGGACAAGAGGCGGCCCCUGCACCUGGCCUGUCGCCGCGGCCAUGCUGCUGUCGUGGAGCUGCUCCUGUCCUGUGGCGUCAGUGUCAAUGCCAUGGACUAUGGGGGACACACGGCCCUGCACUGUGCUCUGCAGGGCCCAGCUGCAGCCCUGGCCCAGAGCCCCGAGCACAUGGUGCGGGCUCUGCUCAACCAUGGUGCCGUCCGCGUCUGGCCCGGAGCCCUCCCCAAGGUGCUGGAGCGCUGGUGCAUGUCCCCGCGGACCAUCGAAGUCCUGAUGAACACCUACAGUGGCAUGCAGCUUCCCGAGGAGGCCAUGAGCCUGGUACCACCUGAAACUCUGCAGAAGCACCAGCGUUUCUACUCCUCCCUCUUCGCCUUGGCGAGGCAGCCCAGAUCGCUGCAGCAUCUGAGCCGCUGCGCGCUCCGCUCCCACCUGGCAGGUUGCCUGCCCCACGCCCUGCCCCGCCUGCCCCUGCCGCCCCGCCUGCUCCGCUACCUGCAGCUCGAUUUUGAGGACGUGCUCUACUAGAUGCCUACUGCCUUUUGAGAGAGCCUGAGAGCAGAUGCCCCAGCCUGCGGGGCGGCUUCUCUGCACCAACUCAGGCCAGGUGGCCCUGGCGGCAGGAGGUCUGUCUCUGCAGACAGAUGUGGGUGCUUCGAUUUCCACCAGCGAGAGGCGGAAAGACCUCUGCAGCCAAGUGAUGUCUGAUGAAGAGGGUUAGGACUUGUGGCAAGUGACACUUUCCUCUUGGGGCUCUCCUUGAGACCCCUUUCCAGCCUGCACGAACCCUGUAUGUGCAUUAAAAAUCUCCAGGCUGUUUGGCGCUGUCUCCAACAGACCGUCCUCUGAGCUGGCUCCCUCGCAGGGGAGUCAGGAUGGGCAGACUUAGAGGGGCCCCGAAUCUGUCCCACUGUGCCAGCUGUGUCACCUUCCUCUUUGGCAUCCAGCAGCUGUUGAGGAAUCCCAGGCUGACUCCAGCCCCAUGAAAAGGAGGAACGGCCACCUGGUGAGAGAGUGUUAGAAGAGGCAUAAAGGACUUGUCACUGUGCAAAUGCAGAGUUGAGGUCAAGUGAGGAGGUGGUGGUGGCCAAGCGCGGAGUGCAGCCACAGCUCAGGUGGAGAGGAAGUGGGCGAAAAGCCCAGGUCUAGAAAAAAGGAACCCAUUCCACCACUGCCUGACACUGCAGGCCAGGGGGCACCGAUGCCCGCCUGGCUCCUGCCUCUUUUCAUCUGCUCCUUCCCUAGGGCUCUGUGGCGGCCAGAGCGCGGCGCGGAGAGUCUCGUGGCCCUGCUUCGUCCGACUCUGCCAGUAACUUGUGGGGGAACCCGUAAGUCUCUCGCCUCUCUGGGCUCAAGUUUCCAUCCAUAAAGGGACAGAGAGGGAGAGUGCCCGCGGGUCACUGCAGUCGCGGGAUUUUAUAAGAGGAGCCCGCGGGAAGGAGGUCGCCACGCAGCUGCCGGCCCGGUGCACCGCGAUCCGGUCCGGGGCGCCCAGGGUCGCGGACAGAGCGCCCGGGGCUCCAGAGCGCGCACGCGCCAGAGCUCGGCUUUCCCGCCACCCGCGGCGCGCGCACGGCGGCGGGGGCGGGGCCGGAGGCGCGAGGAGCCGGGCUGGGCAGACGCGGCGUGGGAGUGAGUGGCCUCGCGGGCCUUGGGCGGACUGGCCGUGUGGCUUCGGGGGCGCGGGCGCGGCUCGGGGUCAGCAAGCAGCGGAGGCUCUCCAGGCCCUGACCCCACAGGCCCCAGGGUGAAGGCCAGGGGUCAAGCCCCCCUUCCCAGGGGGAAGGUCAGGGGUCAGGAAUGCAUUUUCCCUGGAGGCGUGUUCGCGGGAACCUGCCACGUGAGCCCCACUCACUGUCACGGCCUUUGUCUCGGGUGGGGGUGGGAGCCUGGGGGAAGGUCCCGGCGCUCAUUCUCCGUUCCAGAACCGGUGGCGGCAGGGAGACAAGGCCUGCCCUGCAGUCCCCACGGGAGUUGGCCCUAAGCAAACAUGAGGAGGUGUCAGAAGCUGAUUAGCCCUGGGAGACACUUGCAAAAUGGGAUGUGACAGAGUGGGAGCUAUUUUGGAUCAGGUGACAAGGGAAACCUACUCUGAGGAGGUGACAUUUGACCUGGGACCUGAAUGACAAGGAGGGAUCAGCCAUGAGUAGAGAGGGGAAGAGCAGAGUUGUAGGUUCCAAAAGCUCACUCCGGCUGUUGAGUGGCUUGGGAGAGGAGAGCCACCAGGACCAGUGGUCCAGGCAAGGGGUGGGUAGUGGCGGGCGAGAUUUGGGAUCCUUUGGAGGAUUAGUGGGACUUGCUGUGGAGUGGAUGUGGGGAGCGGAAGAAAAGCAUCAUGUAGGGUGGCUCCCAGUUUUUUGGCUUGAAUAACUGGAUGGAUGGUGGUGCUAUUAAUAAUUACUAGGGUGGGGAAGAUGAGAAAGGAGCAGGAAUCAAAGGGUCGAUGUUGGAUAUAUCGAAUUGAAGCUGCCUAUUAAACAUCUCAAAGAGGCUGUGUUAAGAGGGCAUUUGGAUCUGUGAAUCUGGAGUUCAGAGAGGAGGGCAGGUCUGGGCGGAUAGAAGUGGGAUCACUGGCAUGUGAAAGAUGUUUAAAGCUCUGUUCUAAGAGAAUCCUGACUCUUAAGGGGAUGGCUUUCUCAAGAGCCCUGUUUAUGAAUUUUGAUGGGAACUCUAUGGAAUCCCACCCAUUUCAUCUAUUUUGCGCGUCCUGAGCCCCAGGCUUUAUUACCUGAUGCACAGCUAUGACUGAGACAUGCUUCUGCCCUCAGUGAAUUUUCAGUCUAGUCUGAGAAACGAGUGUGUGAACAACUAGUUAGAAGAUACAGAACAACAGAAUGAAUGCAAAAUAGACGUGGGAGCAGGAGUCCUUCUUCUGAGGACAUGAAGAAGAAGGUGAAGACUAGGGGUCGGGAUUUGGGAAGACUUCACAGAAGGAGGGGGUGCCUCCCCUAAAGUGAUUAGAAGCGGGAGAGGGAUUUCUGACCCUACGUAGCGAGCACUGGGUCAUGAGAUGGCCUUUUUAAG